AUGAUUCUAUUUUUUUGUCUGCUCUAUGCGGCGGUAGCUCUCGCACAACAGCCUCCCACACCAACAGAUGACACUGUCCUGGGCACAGAUUUCUUAGACCACGAUAGCCCUAUUAGCUCUUACUUUGGCAAAGAGUUCCUGAAGCAAAACAUUCCUUAUAUUGACAUACCUGAUGCAAAUAUCGAAGAAGUCUACUACUACCGCUGGUCAACUCUGGUGGAUCAUUUGCGAUACACCACCGCAGGAAGUGGCUACAUAUUGACAGAGUUCAUCCAGCCGGUGGGAUACGCUGAAGAGUAUAAUACAAUUGACGCAGCAGCGGGCCAUCAGAUUGAUGAGGCGAGGUGGCUUCGCAGCGGCUUUUACGCUGGCGACUACAUCCAGAUCUAUACGCGAGGACCGGGGAAUACAACCCAGUACACAAACUGGAUCACCGACGCGGCCUAUCGCAGGGCGCAUGUUAAUGGCGAUGUUGAGUUUCUGACUAGCCAACUGGACGGGUUUGUCCGCAUGUGGGACGAGUGGGACUUUGUCUUUGACUCUGAUGUCGGCCUUUAUUACUACACACCUGUUUAUGAUGCCCAGGAGUACAGCCUGCCAGGCUAUGUCGAGGCGGCAGAGACCAGCAACUCUAGUGUUCAACUGCCUGGCCCAAAUACAUACAGACCAAGCCACAAUGCGUACAUGGUCGCAAAUGCACGUGCCGUUGCAGAGACAGCUAAAAUAGCCGGCCACAAUACAUUGGCGGCCAACUUCACAUUGCUGGCAGAUACAGUUGAAACAGCCAUGUACGAACACCUGUGGAGCGCAGACCAGAAUUUCUUCGUCGACGUAAUCCGACCUGGUAACCCCAAUCUUGCUCAACUUCAGGGACGUGAAGAGGUUGGGUUGUUUCCGUUCCGCUUUGGAAUUGGCCUUGAAGAGGAAUAUUGCGCGCCCUCUUCUCAAGAACUUUUCAAUCCAGACGGAUUUUAUACUGAAUAUGGUCCAACUACGCUAGAGGUGCGCAGCCAGUACUAUGAUGCCAUCAAACCGAGUUCCUACUGUUGCUACUGGAAUGGUCAGUCAUGGCCGUUUUCCACUGCACAUGUGCUCAAGUCUCUGGCGGCCAUGCACCGCUCUGAUAGCUGCAGUGUCGUAGCUGAACAGUACUAUCAAUAUCUCAGCAUAUACGCGACAACCCAGCAUAAAGAUGGAAAACCAUAUGUCGCAGAAUCCCAUUACCCAGAUCUCGAUUCUUGGAGUGCAGACAGCUUCAACCACUCCGAGCACUAUGAUCAUUCAACCAACAACGACGAUGUCAUCACUGGUCUGCUGGGUUUGGUUCCACGGCUUGACGGCAUUCUGCAAAUUUCACCAAUAAUUCCCUCAAACUGGACGUAUUUUGCGCUUGAGAAUGCCCCGUACCAUGGUCAUCUUCUCACUAUUCUCUACGAUCUUGAUGGGACUCGUUACGGUGAAGGAUCCGGUCUUCAUGUUUUUGUCAAUGGCCAAAGGAUUCACACAGGCCCUGAUCUCCAGGCCGAAGUUCAGUUGCCAGAAUCCAAUAUCGAAGGUGGAAAUGGAAUCAACGACACCGUCCCCGUUAACAUAGCGGCAAAUGUUCUCGGGAGUGGAGCAUACCCUUUGGCCGAUGCAACUUUUACUUUCACACUUGACGAUCCGUACAAGUCUAUUGACGGAUAUCUCUUCUACUACUCCGAGCCAGACAAUCGCUGGACCAACUAUGGGUCGCCAAACGCAAACGAUACUCUCAAGAUUACUUUCCCGCGCCCACGAACCUUUUCUUCCGUCACACUUGGUAUCUACUCUGAUGUGGCACGCAAUGGAACAGUCGAUUGCCCACAGGCCAUCGAAAUAUACGGUUCCGAUCAGACCAAUGGGUCUGUAUUGCUGGCAAAACUCGACCCGUUCGAUACCUGCAUGCCAAACGAGUUGAACACAAUCUUUUUUGACCAAACCGUCGAGAGCAGCUUCAUCGCCGUCAACAUGUAUAAUAAGGCAGACUUAUUUGUUGGUGUCUGUGAGCUGCAAGUUUGGGUUCCGCCAGACCGCACUACUGGUGUUUAUUACGCUGUCGACGCCGUGCUCACAUCUGCAGAGGUGGUUUUCAGCCCCACUGAAGCAAAUGCAACUGCCAAUGGGGCUGUAGUCGGAUAUUUAGAAGAUGGAAAUUCCGUUUUGUUCUCUGGAAUAUAUGAUCACGGCAAAGGAACCGGGCCAAGAGAAGCACUGCUGUCAUACGCGAAUUCGGGGGAUUCUGCUGCGGUGGCCGAAAUCGUGGUGAAUAGUUCUCCAGGAGUUGCUAACAAUACAGUGAGCCUGCCACCGACUGGAGGUAGUUUCACGACUGUGCCAUUGCAGUUGGAUUUGCUGCCGGGAAGUAAUUUUGUCAACGUUAUGGUCCAGAGUGGAUAUGAUGCUGUUGACCUUGAAUUUCUACAUGUAAUAUAG